GGGCGUUGGGCCGGCGGAGCGAGCAGCGCGGGACACCAGGCCGUGAGGCGCGUGCGCGGGGCGGGGGUGCGGACCGGAGUGAGAGCAGCCGGAGCGCUGAGCGGCGGCAGGAGGAGCCGGAGCCGGGGUCUCGGCCAUGGCCGCGCUGGGGGUCGCGGCGCGCGCGCUCGCUCGGCAGGGGCCCCGCGCCUGCCUUGGGCUGGGCUGGCCAGCCCCUCAGGCCCGCGAGAAGCACGUCUGGCAGGCGUCCCUGCUGUCCCUGCGGGCAGCCCUCCCGGUGAGAGGCGAGCCUCUCAGGAAGAAGAAGAAGGUGGAUCCCAGGAAGGAACUGGCGGCCAAGGAACGGCUGAAGAAGAGGAUUAAGAAGCUGGAGAAGGCCACGCAGGAGCUGAUCCCCAUCGAAGACUUCAUCACUCCUGUCAAGUACCUGGAGGAGCACAGGCAGCGGCCAGAGCUGCAGAUGCCCUUGGAGGACAGUGAGAGGAGGGUCUUUCUCAUGAAGAAGUGGGCCUUCUACAAGCAGCAGGAACACGAAGCUGAGCGUGAGAAGAUCACGUCCCUGCUGGAGGCCCAGCAGGAAGCCCUUCGGGAGCUGCGCCUGGAGUCGGAGCUGCUCUACCAAGCAGCCACCCGGCGAGAUGAGAACUUGUUUCCCUUUGAAAAGGAGGGCCCGAGCUACACCCCGGCCACCCCGGGCUACCAGCCUCCCGAGGGCAAGUACAAUGACAUCACCAAAGUGUACAUACAGGUGGACCAUAAGAGGUAGGCCAGGGGCCUCGCACCCGCUGCUGGGGGCUCGAAGCUGACCAUGGCAGAUGUCGCCCACCUUGUCCUGUGGAUUUCUCUGGGAGAGCCCUGGCCCCACCUACCUAGGAGCCAUCUUUUGUCCUUCUGAACUGUUCUGCAGCCUCUGGUCCUCAAGGUCCUCCCUUUGUGCUGACCCGGCCUUCAGGGAGCUCCUGGCCUAACGGAGGAGUCGGCCUAGACUUAAGGAGGUGCAUCCAGAGGGGGUGGGGCACUGGGGCCUCCUGCUGAGUGGCACUGAGGCCUGGAGGUUGUAUUUCCUUGGAUUUCAUAUGAAUGUAAGUGGCCUUUAAUAAAACAACAGUGAUUCCUAAA